AUGACUCAAAAUUGUAACAAAGUAUGCAUUCAGAGUGUAGAAAAAGGUGUUAAAACAUCAAAUUUCAUUCAUAUUACCGAUGAUCCUUCAAGUUGUUUAGUUUGUAUACAGGGAUUGCGUUUAUAUUACACUCCUCCUGAUGUUUGCAAGUUUGUCAACAGUUUUCACACGCUUGCAAGCAAUUGUCUCGUGCUACUGACAGAUAAAUCACCAACUUUUACCAUCAUUUUAAAGGCAAUUUCAAUUGAUUCAGCGAAAGAACUUCUUAAGAAACUUAAAGCUAAUCCAACACCUAUUUGCUCAUUAGAUACGCUCACAUAUGAUUUUGUUCAGUCAUUUGAAUUCGAAUCACAAAAAUUGCAACUAAUUGUUAACAGAUUUUCAACAAACGAGUUCUAUGAUAAUAACUGUGCUAUUUGCUUAUACCAGUUAGUCUCAGAUUUACAAUUAAUUACUUUCCCAUGUGGACAUUCAAUGCAUACGACUUGUGCUCAACGUAUGAAGCAAUGGGAAUGCCCAUUAUGCCGUUACGCACCUAUAUCUUCACUUAGCCUAUCUCCUUGUGAAGUUUGCGGCACUUUUGACCGUCCAUAUAUUUGUUUAUCAUGUGCAAGAAGUUUUUGCUAUGACCAUGCCUUGGAACACUUCAAGAAUACGGGCCACGGCUAUUGUGCAUCAGCAGAUGGCAGAGAAACGUGGAAUUUGAUGAGUGGAACAACAAUGCAACGAAUUGCUAUUGAUAAGAGUGGAGAAUACGUAGAACUUUGUGCAAAGGAAGAUGUGCUGAAGUCAUAUCUUGAAAGCGCACUAUACGAACAGUUAAAUAUUCAUAGAGAAAUUGAAUGUCAAGAAACAGCCGCAAUUUUACAAUCUGCAGAAUCAGAAUUGACAGAACUUGAUUAUGAACUUGCUGAAAAGAGGAAAAAACUCGAAUCAAUGAAAAAAUUAAUUCAAGAAAGAAAAACAAUUGAAAAUAAGCUGAAAAUAGCAACAACAAUGCUUGAGAAGUUCCAAGAAAAGGAAAAAGAUGGUCAAAAACUAAAAGAACAACUUUUGAUUGAAAAUGAAAAAUUAAGGAAUCAAAUUCGUGAUCAGGAGGAAUUAAUAUCAGAUAUGCAAACAACAGCAUCUAUUACUGCUGCAGCUGUGUUAGGAGGGAAAAAUAAGGAAGUUCAUAUCAAAUUUAACCAAAAAUAA